AUGACGUCGGAUAAGCAAACGAAAUCGUCCUCUUGGCUAUUACGAUCCUGCAAGAGAAGCCGGUUUAAAAUAGAAUUGUUCUAUUUGAUUUUCGGAUAUUUGUUGACGCAUUGCUCGGCUAGAAACAAUCCUCCCAGAUUCCUCAUAGACGGACAAACGGAGAUCGUGCUUAGACUGAAGGAGGGACCCGAGACUCCAAUUGGCAGCCUGAUUUACAGACUCAGAGGCAUCGAUCCGGACGGCGACGGCUUGAUAUUUGGCGUUCGAGAUCAGCCGGGUAGCGAUGUGAUUCGAGUUGAGAAUACCAGUCCCGACGAAGCCAACAUUUACCUAAACAAGUUGCUGGAUAGAGAGACCAGGGAUGAAUUCGCGCUCGUGUUAACGUUGACGGACGGCAGACUGGGCGAGGGAAAUUUCAUCACGCAGAGUCUGCUGCUUCUGGUCGAGGAUAUUAACGACAACGUGCCGAUCUUCCGUCCACAUCCGCCCUCGUUGACGAUCCGCGAAGACGCGAGGCCGCGCAUUUUAACAACGGUGGAGGCCACCGACGCCGAUCUGGGCGCUCAUGGGCAAGUGGUUUAUUAUCUGCAAGAACUCGACGGUGACAACAACGUCUUCAGCAUAUUUACGGUGAACGGCAAAGGUAUCAUACGCUUAGUCGGUUCGUUGGAUUACGAACGGAAGUAUCUCUACCAACUGAGGAUCUUGGCCGUGGAUCGCGCGAUAAAUGAAAAGGUAAACACAGGAACGACUGCGAUUUUGAUCAAAGUACAGGAUGUGGAGGACCAGCCGCCGGAAUUCAUAGCCAUGACGCCAGUGGCGAGGAUCAGCGAGAAUGCCAGGAUUGGCACAUCUGUUUUGCAAGUUCGUGCCGUGGAUGGUGACAAAGGGAUAAACAACAAAGUGACGUACAGCAUCACGGAAGGGCCAAGAUAUCUGUUCGAUAUUAACGCGACGUCCGGCCUCGUGUUCACAAGGGCACAGCUGGACAGAGAAGCCGACGAGAACAGCGAUGGCACUUUCAUUUUGGAAAUUACAGUGAGGGAAGUGUCAAAGAUCAAUCCACCGCCGUCUGUCAGUACCGAAGUCACCAUUAUCCUCACUGAUGUGAACGACGAAACGCCGACGUUUAGAAGCGUGCUGUACCGCGCUGAAAUAAACGAGAAUGCGCCGCAAAAUACACCGGUUAGCUUCAUCGGCGAUGCUGUGCCAGAAGUUUUCGAUCACGACUUGGGUUCCAAUGGCACGUUUCACAUAUUUGUCGAAGGUGGCGGUGGAAUGUUCGAUGUAACGCCAUUCCGUGGGAUUAACGAGGCGCCGUUUUUAAUACGCGUUAAGGACUCGAGUAAACUCGACUUUGAAAAAAUAAAAGAGGUAAAUUUUACUCUCGUCGCGAAAGAAAUCACACCGAUCUCCCCGAAGUACAGCACUGUACCGGUUACGGUUCUUAUAAAGGAUCAGAAUGACAAUUAUCCGGAAUUUACGAAAAGCAUCUACGAGGUCUCGAUCCCGGAAAAUUGCGCCGAAGGGACCACCGUGGCUUGGGUCCAAGCUUUGGACGAAGACAGCGGUAACUUCGGAACGAAUGGAAUACGAUAUACAACUUUAGGCGGUAGCAUUGCACAUGCGCUGGCGAUGGAUCCUCUCAGCGGUAUAAUAACAGUCAAACAUUCCGGGUCCAAUUUUGAUCGAGAACUAGUAGCUCGACAUUAUCUCACAGUCGAAGCCCGAGACGAUCUUGGAAAGGGGAACCGCAAUGCCGCGCAGUUAAUAGUCAACGUCGACGAUGUCAACGACAACGCACCUGUGUUUCUACAGAACAGAUACGAAGCGGUGCUCUUGGAGAACGAGGAUCAUUUCGAGUCUCCUCUGGUCGUCGAAGCGUUUGACAUCGAUUUAAACGGGACGCGAAACAGCGAAGUGGUUUACGCUCUGGUAUCGGGCGAAUUCUCUCGAAAUUUCUCGAUCGAUGCGAAACGUGGUGUCAUAACGCCCAGGCAUCCGCUGGAUUACGAGGCUCUGCCUAUCAAACAGGGACACAAAGAAACGGCUAUACGUCCAUUGAGAUUGACUGUGCGCGCUAGAGAUGUGGGCACGCCGAGUAUGAGCUCCGAUGUCCCUCUGAUUAUUUAUUUGAAAGAUAUCAACGACAACGCGCCCGCUUUCGAAAGAACGGUUUACAAGAGAAACAUCCCCGAGGAUUUGGCGGGCGGCACGAGCGUCGUGCAGGUGAAAGCUUGGGACAAAGAUUUGUCAUCGCCCAAUAAUAAAUUGGUGUACCGAAUUCAAAGCGGGGCUGGAGACAAGUUCGUAAUUAGUCCCGAAACGGGCGUGAUUCGAGUGGCUCCUGGCUCGAAUUUAGACCCGGAUCUGACAUCGCCGAAAACAACGAGGUACAACUUAAACGUUAUCGCGAUCGACAGCGGCACGGAAAUCCAACGGACGGCCGAGGUACUUGUGAAUAUCACGAUCGACGAUGUCAAUAAUAAACCGCCUGUUUUCGUCGAACCUGGAACUGUCAUCAUCAGAGAGAAUACUCAGGUUGGCGCGUACGUACAUCGCUUAGUGGCGCAAGAUCCAGACGUGGCUCCGGAACUACGUUAUCGGGUGGAUUCUAAUUCAUCGGAGGCGCGAAACGAGGAGGGCACGUUAAUAAAAAUACAAGAAUACGACUAUUUGGCAGCGUUGGAAUUAAACAAAUUUGACGGUCUGUUGCGCAUUGUAAAACUCUUGGACAGAGAAAGAGUGGAGACUAUCAGGUUGGGGCUCGUAGUUGAGGAUUUUGCCGCAGUAAGAGGCUUGCAAACUGCAUCCGCUACACUGAGUAUAAUUAUCGAGGAUGAGAAUGACAACAAUCCGAAGUUCCGGAAACCCUUUUAUAGACGCUCCGUUACUGAAAACAGUAAAAAUGGCGUUAAUAUCGCGAAUAUCGUUGCCGACGACGCUGACAAAAAUCGUAGCAUUACUUAUUCCUUGCAAGGGCCGAAGGAGAUAGCGGAGCUCGUGCAUUUAGAUCCUGAAACUGGAGAAAUGGUCGUCGCUAGUAAGAUCGAUAGAGAAUUAUAUUCGUGGCUUAACUUGACCAUCAGGGCCACAGACUCCGGAGUUCCAUCUCGAUCGAGUUUGGCGGAAGUGUAUGUUCAAGUAUUAGAUGAAAACGAUAACAAUCCGUAUUUCGUUUCGAACGUCAGUAACGUGACUGUCAUGGAAAACUCCAAAAUCGGCACGGAGAUCACAGUUAUACAAGCGAGAGAUCCCGACAGUGGAGAUUACGGCAAAAUUACUUAUCUUUUAGACAGAAUGUCGUCACAGGGGACUUUCGCUAUCCAUCCGGAAACCGGAUCCCUGACAGUGGCUGACGUUCUGGAUUGGGAGACCAAACACAGCUACGUUUUAGUUAUAGAAGCUUGGGACAAUUAUCAAUUCGGUUAUACAGCGGGGGAGUCUCGAAAUGCGUUCAAACAAAUCCAAGUAACCGUCAUUGAUAUGAAUGACAACUUGCCGAAGAUGGAUAUGCCACAAGGUUGCGUCUCCAUAUCGGAGUUUCACGACAUACGAGACCUGAUUUUCGUCAUUAAAACGAAGGACGCGGACGAUCCAACCACACCGAACGGCCGAGUUCAAAUUAGAAUAAUUUCUGGUAACGAGCUAGGUUUAUUCAUAUUGGAGCAAACUGAUUAUUGGACAGCGAAGAUCAAAGCUGCGCGAUCAUUGAGAGGGAAAUUCGGGAAUUACACGCUACACGUGGAAGCACGCGAUCUGGGAACACCGUCCAACAAGGAUAACGGAAUUCUGGAAAUCUGUGUCACGGAUUAUAACGAUAAUCCACCAUUGUUCAUCAGUCCUCAGCACAAUACUACCAUUCGAGUUCCAGAGAAUAUAACAGUAGGAAGCCCGAUUAUUCAAAUCGAGGCGAAAGACGCUGAUACGGGAUUAAACGGCGAUGUACAUUAUCGUUUGAAGCAGGACCUGGCGGGUCAUUGGAGGACCUUUCGCAUCGACGACAAAACUGGCGUGAUAUCUUUAAAAUCGCCACUGGACAGAGAGACUCAGAAGUUAUAUGAGAUUCGAGUGGAAGCAUAUGAUUUAGGUACUCCGACUCCCUUAAGUUCCGAUCUCGAUCUAAUCAUCUAUGUUCGCAACAUCAAUGAUUUCGAGCCGCAAUUUUUGCUGAAUAUUUUUAACAUCAAUUUCACGGAGGAGCAACCUCCUGGGUCGGAGAUGAUAUUACUUCCGGAAACAGUCGACAGAGACGAAGUCGAUGACUUGGACGAUCCUCCUACUCUAGUUUGUUAUUUUAUAGUUGGCGGAAACGAUGAUGGAUUGUUUGUUUUAGAUAUCUACAGACACGAACUUAGCACGGCUAAAAUACUGGAUAGAGAGCAGCGAGAAGAACAUAUUUUGCUCAUUAAAGCAACUGAAGAUUGCGAGACCGUGCCAGACGAUGAAACGACAUUUGAUAAGGCCGAUGACACUUUGUUGCAAGUCGUUGUAAAAGUCGACGACAUCAACGACAAUGCACCGCGAUUUAUUAACAAAAUUUUCACGGGCGGUGUCACUACUGAAGCCGAUUUUGGCACACAAUUUAUGCAUGUUAAGGCAAUUGAUUUGGACGCAGGUGAUAACGCGAUGCUCGGUUAUUAUCAAGUUGGCAAAAUCCAUAUGACAUUAACCGAGGGUUUCGAAAAUAUGCAACUGCAGCCUUUUCUCGUAAAUAAGGAUACUGGAGCGGUGAGCCUGAAUUUUGAUCCGCAACGAGGGAUGAAGGGUUACUUCGAUUUCAUGGUGCUCGUUAACGACACGUACGGCUUGCAAGAUACUGCGAGGGUUUUCAUUUAUUUAUUGCGGGAGGAUCAACGAGUUCGUUUUGUUCUUCGUCAACAUCCGCCGGAAGUCAGAAGUCGAAUCGAAACAUUCCGCGAAGUUCUGGGCAACGUUACCAGCGCUAUUAUUAACGUCGACGAGUACAAAGUGCACGAGAAUCAGGACGGUUCUGUGGAUCGGACGAAGACGGAUUUAUAUUUGCACCUCGUGAAUCGUCGAGAUAAUUCGAUUCUGGAAGUGUCCGAAGUGCUCGAGCUGGUCGACCGGAACAUCGAGAAGCUCGACAAUCUAUUCAAGGAGUUCAACGUCCUCGACACGCAGCCGGCGAAAGCUCAACCGGUCAUGCAGUACGAACAAGCCGGGACCACUUUCUGGCUCCUCACGUUGACCCUGUUUCUAGGAGCUCUACUGAUACUGUGUGUCACGCUGUGUUUGUCACAAAGGGCGUCUUUCAGAAGACAACUGAAAGCGGCAAACGCGUCACCGUUCGGUGCGUCGGAUUCGGAAUUCAUCCGAAGUCCUGGUCGUGUUCCAAAUACGAACAAACACAGCAUGGAAGGCUCGAAUCCUAUAUGGAUGCACGCUUACGAGAACGAGUGGUUCAAGAGCGACGAGUCGUUCAGCCAUACGUCCGAGAGAGAUUCCCUCGAUGAAAACGCGCUUAAUAACGAGGAAAUAAUGAACGAAGCCAAUGCAAACCAAAGAGCAGAGGAUAAACCAUAUUAUAUAGAGCCGAGGGUUUCGACUAUUUCCAGCGUCGAGAGCAUAGAUAUUCAAAAUGAUUAUAGCAGAGAUUCACCGAUUUACGCGGGACACAGCGCAAUCGUCAAUCCUAUGGGGAAAAAGAUCGAAACAACGGAAUUAUAGUGAAUCACUAGAUAUCAAAAUCACAAACUGUUAACCAAUUGCAUUAUCGAGUUAUAAUGUAGAUACACAGUGCGGUGCAGAAUUGCGUUGUAAAUAAUUACGUUACACGAUUGACUAAAACGGAUACAUCUUACGAACUGUUAUAAAAGACGUCAGACGCAGUGUCCUCGCGAAGUAUUUAUUGUGCGUGUAUGGUGCGAAGUUAAUAGGCGAUGAUGUAUAUUUAAUUUAUAUUGUACGAUAUG